CAAAAUUAGAAGCAGAGAAUGUAGAUUAUAGAGACGGUCCAAUAUAUCUCUAUAUAUAAUCUACAUUCUCUGCUAGAACUUUUCGAUCAUUAGUUUGACGAUAGCUAGAAACGAUUUUUAAGACUGGCAUCACCGUUCCAAUUCGAUUUAUUGAUUCUGUGUGACGUUUAUUGCAUUCGUGAAAAAGUUAAGUGUCGCGAAAAAGUUUGGGAGAAAUAAAAUUUUCUGUGCAGUUUAAUAGCGAUAUAAAAUUUUUACACCUCCCCUCUGCAUUCACAAUAAAAUUAGCCUCACACAAUUCGGUGUACACAAUAAACGAGGGGGCAGGCAAUAGGGGAAAUAGCUGAUAAGGCCAAGGUACUAAGAGGGGGCGUUAAGGAAUACAUACGAUAACAGAAUAACAAUAAAACGCUGAGCUCUACUUAGAAAGUGUUAAAAUUUGUUACUAACCAAUAAAAUUAGAAAGAAAGCUGUAAUAUUGUGUGACGAUUGAAGUCAUUAACCAACAGUGUUGUGGCUGCACAUCUGAAAGAACACUUAGCUUUAACACACAGUUUCUUCGAUCAUUGAUUGGACUUCAACGAAAGUAGAAUAAUUAUUACUGAGUGAACGUUUGGAUUGUUUUCGCAAUGAACGCUGCAGUUGAUCCGUGGGUAAUAACCCAAAGAGAGAAGCUCAAGUAUCAGGAGCAAUUCAAAGCACUACAACCACAAGGUGGCUUUGUAACUGGCGCACAAGCGAAAGGCUUCUUUUUACAAUCACAAUUGCCACCGCUUAUCCUCGGACAAAUAUGGGCUUUGGCAGACACAGAUUCCGAUGGAAAAAUGAACAUCAAUGAGUUUAGUAUUGCAUGCAAAUUGAUUAAUUUGAAGCUCCGUGGAAUGGAAAUACCGAAGGUUUUACCACCCACAUUACUUGCUUCACUAUCUACAGUGGGAGGUACGCCAACAAUGACGCCCACCACCACGGGAAGUAUGAGUCCUCUAGAUCCGUUGAAAUCAAUGUCGGCAAGUGUACCUGGAGUUGCACCCAGUGUACCGAUAUCAGGAGCAACAUUGCCUGGGGCUGUACCCGCUGUACCAGGUAUUGUUCCGGGUACAUUACCGGGUGUGUUACCACAAACUAUACCAGCUGCAAUGACCACCGGUGUUGUCUCGAGUAUUCCACCAACAGGAUUGCCCAUGCAAAUGCCAAUUAAUGCUGCUGGCACGGCCGCAAUGGUUCUACCUGGCAGUGUAAUACCAACUGGAGUAAUGCCAGUAAGUGCUUCGGGUAUUCCAGGUGUACCUGGUGUACCUGGAGUAGGCACCAUAUCUGGCGUUAAUACGGCUGGUAUAAUGCCAGCUGGCAUUGUUCCUCCAGUAGCAGGUGGAGUUCCAAUUCCUGGAAUGGUGCCAAUGUCAGUAGCUGCAAGCGGUGGUGUGGUUCAACCAGCCAUAAUACCCGGUAUUCCAGCUGUGCCCAGUGGUGUGUUACCACCUGGGAAAAUUGUUUCACCACCUAACAGUAGUGAAGUUUCCAAAUUACCAGCCACACCAACUCCACCACAAAGCAAUCCACCCAGUCGACAUAUGUCAAUAUCAGAGCGUGCGCCUUCUAUCGAAUCACCGCAAAGUGAGUGGGCCAUCAAGGGUCCAGCGAAGCGUAAGUACACACAAGUCUUCAAUGCAACUGAUCGUACGCGUUCUGGUUAUUUGACCGGCGCACAGGCUCGCAGCAUACUCGUACAAAGCAAAUUGCCACAAGCUACACUCGCGCAGAUUUGGACACUCUCCGACUUGGACUCCGAUGGAAGACUAAGUUGUGAUGAAUUCAUUUUGGCCAUGUUCCUUUGUGAUAAAGCCAUGAAUGGGGAAAAAGUACCCGUUACAUUGCCACUCGACUGGAUUCCGCCCAGUUUUCGGAAAACCAAAUCACGUCAAGGAUCUAUUUCAGGAUCGGGUUCACGCGCUGGAUCUACAACAGCAUCUCGUCAUGCAUCAGUGUCAUCGCAAGGAGCCGUUGAUGCAGAUCCAGCUGCAGGCUUACCUCAAACAACGUUUGAAGACAAACGCAAAGAAAACUUUGAUAAAGGCCAGGCAGAAUUGGAUCGAAGACGUAAAUUACUACAGGAUCAACAGCGUAAAGAAAAGGAAGAACGCGAGCGCAAGGAACGUGAGGAGGCGGAAAAACGUGAAAAAGCACGGCUAGAGGCCGAGCGCAAACAACAAGAGGAAUUAGAACGACAAUUGCAAAAGCAACGCGAAUUAGAAAUGGAAAAGGAAGAACAACGAAAACGAGAACUUGAAGCUAAAGAAAUGGCCAGAAAGGAGUUGGAAAAGCAGAGACAAAUGGAAUGGGAACAGUCACGCAUAGCAGAGAUGAACGCUCAAAAGCAACGUGAGCAGGAACGUGUUCUGAAACAAAAAGCGCACAAUACACAACUUAAUGUUGAACUAAGCACACUAAAUGAGAAGAUUAAAGAUUUGUCUCAGAAGAUUUGCGACACACGCGCAGGUGUGACCAACGUUAAAACUAUAAUCGAUGGCAUGCGCUCGCAGCGGGACACCUCAAUGACCGAUAUGUCGCAACUUAAAGCGCGCAUAAAAGAGCAAAAUGCAAAGUUGCUACAUCUUACACAGGAGCGCGCCAAAUGGGAUGCGAAGAGUAAGAGUAUAGCUCAGAGUGGAACAAGCGAUACAGCACAACAAGAGCAAUUAAAUGCUGCUUUUGCCAACAAACAGUUACUCAUAAAGCAAUUGAAAGACAAAGUGGAGAAUAUACGAAAAGAAAUUGAAUCCAAAAAAGAAGAUAUCAAUUCCAACGAUGUACAAGUGGCUGAGGUGAAAGGCGAGCUAUCGGCAUUAAUUGCUAAAUGCGAAGAAUUAUAUGCUGAUUAUGAUACGCAACGCACGCAAGUGCUCGAACUAAAGUAUAACAAGAAGAAUGAUAAUGUUUCAGCAACAACCGCCUGGGACACGGGAUCGACUGCUUGGGGUACCAGCGUCGAUCAGUAUGCACUUUCAAAUGAUACUGCCGCGCUGACAGAGACAACUACAAAUGCCGCUGCACCGGUAGAUACCUCAGGGCCCGCACCUGAAGGUUUUGUAAAAUAUCGCGCGAUUUAUGAGUUUACCGCACGAAAUCAGGAUGAAAUUACUUUUGUGCCAGGUGAUAUAAUACUGGUGCCGUUGGAACAAAAUGCAGAACCUGGUUGGUUAGCUGGUGAGAUAAAUGGACACACUGGUUGGUUUCCGGAAACUUAUGUGGAAAAAUUAGAAGAUGAAUAUACAACUGCUACAACGACUGAAGCCAUUACAGCCGAGCCUGACACAAGUGAACAGAUAAGUGGUUAUGCAGCACAAGACGCCUUCAACGACAACAGCCAAAGUCUUGGCGCGGACGCACACAACGGUGAGGUGGAGUAUUACAUUGCGGCAUAUCCAUAUCAGUCCGCUGAAGUGGGCGAUUUGAGUUUUAAUGCCGGUGAAAUGGUAAUGGUUAUUAAGAAAGAGGGCGAUUGGUGGACAGGCACAAUUGGCACACGAACAGGUAUGUUCCCGUCAAAUUAUGUGCAAAAAGCGGAUGUUGGCACAGCGUCGGCAGAUACAGCGCUGGACAUUGCCGGUGCCUUUGACGAUCAAAAGGAAAAUGGCAACGCCGAUACGAACGCUAGUAUCGCCAUAGCAGCCACAACACCACACGAUCAAUUUACAAGCAAUGACACCACUAUAGCCGCAAUAGCAACUGCAACAGCAACACAACAACAACAACAACAACAACAGAAAUUCAAUAGCGGCAUAAGCGCAGAUAACGUAAUUGAAAAUUCAGCAGCGGCUGCAGCUGCGGAAGAGACGCGUACAAAUGAAGACUUGGACACAGAAGUCUCACAAAUCAAUACACAAUCAAAGAGUCAGAAUGAAACAGCGGAAUCGUUUAGUCGCCCAAUGUCACGCACCUCUUCCAUGACGCCUGGUAUGCGCGCAAAACGCUCUGAAAUUGCACAAGUUAUUGCACCAUACGAGGCUACGAGUACUGAACAACUUUCGUUGACCCGUGGACAAUUAAUUAUGAUACGUAAAAAGACCGACUCUGGCUGGUGGGAGGGAGAACUGCAGGCGAAAGGCCGACGUCGCCAAAUCGGUUGGUUCCCAGCCACUUAUGUGAAAGUUUUGCAGGGUGGACGUAAUAGUGGUCGCAAUACGCCUGUUUCGGGUAGUCGUAUCGAGAUGACAGAGCAAAUUCUAGACAAAGUCAUUGCCUUGUAUCCAUAUAAGGCACAAAACGACGAUGAACUUUCGUUUGAGAAGGAUGAUAUUAUCAGCGUGUUGGGACGCGACGAACCCGAAUGGUGGCGUGGCGAACUAAAUGGUUUAUCGGGUCUAUUUCCUAGCAAUUAUGUGGGGCCAUUUGUAACCUCCGGUAAGAAGGCGAAUAAUGUUAAAUAAUGCAGAGUUUCAAAUAAUUUGCCACCAUACUGUAAAAUAUUAUAUUUAUUUAUUUAUUAUGGGUUUAAUUAAUUAAUUUAAAAUAUUAAGUUGAAUACUCUCAAAGUAGCAUAAGUUAUCUAUCGUUGCUUUUGCGCUCUCUUUUACAUAGCAUUUGUGCUUACUUAAGGUGAAAAUGUAUUAAAAGCAAAAACUCAUUGCUAGUGUUACUACUUUUCCACUCUUUACGGCAUAUGGCCUUAAUUAAGUACAAUUGCUAAGCAGUCUAUGUGCCAGACUGUUGUUUGUUCUCAUUAAUAUAUCAUAUUAUUAUUUCCAUUGUAAAUUGACGCGUACAUUCCAAUAUUUUGCAUUGUAAACAAUUUAUAACGCCACAACGUGUCAAUUAAUGCUUAGGUUUAAUUUUAUAGAUUUUUCUAUUUUAUAUGUAUAUGUUAGUGAUAUCUUGAAACAAGUUAUUUUUGUUUUCUUUUCGAAUGUACGUCAUUUCAUGAUAAGUUUUUUGCUGUGCUGUUAUUUUGCGUGUACAGGGUUGAGUAUAAUUUUUUAGUAUCUAUUGAAUGCUCACUGCCGUAAUAUACAGUGAUUACACUUUGAGUGCUGAAUGUGCGCGCUAAGCGUUGUAAAUUAAUUUCCAUUAUGCAAUGAUAUAGUUUAAAAUGCUUAUAUAAUUGUGUUAUACUUUGGUUUUUGUUAUUGUUUUCUUUUGAAACAACGUUUAUACUUUAUAUUUAAUAAAAAAAAAAAAAUAAUUAUCAAUCAACAUAGUAUUUGCUAUACACAUGUAGUCAUUAUAAAUUAAUUUUCAUAAACUUUACGUAAUCUUCUAUUAAUGUUAUCGUUUGUACUAGCGCUAUUUGCAUUCUAUAAUACAAUAAACUCACAUAUAUAUCCUUUAAUAAAUUGUUUAUGUUUCUUUCAAAAGUUAACGCUUAUUUGAGUUAUUUCUUUUUUGGUUCACCCUUUGAAUUUAAUAAAGUUGAUUGCAUUCCUAUUACAAAGAAUGGCUGAACAUUGUGUUGUAUAUUUCCAUCCUUGUUUUUACAGGAAACGUGUAACGAGUAUUAGGCCUUGAAAUGUAAGCGUAAGCCGAUAAAGGACAAAAAAAGUAGUAAUUAGAAAGAAAAGAAAAUUGCAAGUUAAAAAACAAAAAUUUAAUUAAAAAAGAGAAACGAAACAAAUUUAAAUGUCAACAAUGUUUUGGUUAAAGUUUAGAAAAACAAAAAAAAAAAAAAUUUAAAUAAAAAGUAUUACUACUGUAA